AUGUGGCCAGAAGCAGCACUCAUCUCCUCCCUCAUCCUCGCCACGACUCAACUGAUCCCAACAACUCAAGCCUGUGGCCCAGUACCAGUAUCCAAUAGUUCCUACAACCCCUUCGAAUUCCCCAAGUCCUGCGAUCCACGCCCCGGCUUCACCGGCUACGGCAUCAACCACUUCGGUCUAAUCGUCAACGACCUCAACGCCACCAUUGACUUCUACACCCAAGCCAUUGGUCUGAGCUUGCUCUUCAUCUUCACACCCGAAGGAGCGCCAUUUUUCAAAAUCGCAUAUAUGGGCCACAACAACGACACGGCGAACACAGGCAAACCCUUUGCGACGUGCGAGGAGUUCACGCUGCAGAAGAACGACAUCAAGGGCCUCAUUGAAUUUCUUUAUCUCGACAACGCGACGUAUACACCGCGGGCAUCCACCAAGGUGACGAACACAUUCAGCCAUAUCGGGCUGAUUGUGCCGAAUGUCACAGAGACGCAGGAGAAGAUGAAGAAAUUGAAGGUGCCAAUCCUCAAGCCCUUGGGCGAACUGCCGGCGACGUCGGGGCCAUUAGCGAAUGCGUUCGGGUUGGGGAAGCUGUCGACGGGCAACUUCUGUGAGGAGCAGAAGGAGGCGCUGGUCCAGGGGCUGAUUCCGAGCGGAACCUUGCAGCAUCUCAUGGUCACGGAUCCGGAUGGGAAUGUCAUCGAGAUCCAGCAGUUGAUUACGGAGUAG